ACUGGUGAGAGCUGACAAAAUUUGUUUGUCUCUGCCAGUCUCUGCAAAGUACAGAUAAUAAAAAAAUAAUUAGAAGUUUCUCAAUGUCAUCAAUAUGUUAUUCUAAUCGAAAGUGGACAUUACGACCUAGCAAUAAGCUCUAUAAUUCUGUAUAUAUCGCGAAUGUUUUAAUAACAAAUCAAACUUUUAACUUUCGUGCUCUCCUUCAAUUACCGGAAUAAUACUAUGUUUACGUCGUGUCGCGGAAAAGUUUGAGUACAUUUUUAAUCAGAAUAGGCAAAGGACAAAGUUCAGUACUAACCAUCAGAACUGGUCAGUAGUCAGUACAGUGUUACGAUGGAACCUGCACAGAGGGUAACGGACGAGCAAUUAAAGGAAUUAUUCCCGGAUUUGCCAUCGGGACCUUUAGAUAAAUACAGACAAAAAGCAUCAUUCGACUGGCGACGAUUAAAACUUGUUUAUGAGACUUUAAACACUAUUAAAUUAAAGAAACAAAUAUGGAAUUUCAUGGAGAGCCACCCACUGUUCCAGCAUUCAGAAGUGACCCCUACACUCGACGAGGAAAGACAUAUUGCAGUAAAACGAAUGUACACCAUAUUUAAUGAGAAGUUCUUGCCUUUAGAAAGGAUAGCCGAAGACCCGCGAUUAUUCCAAGCGGAAACGGAAGCGAUGUUUAUGUUCGACAGCUCAUUGGCAGUCAAAGUGUCCCUCACGUUCAGAAUGUUCAGUAACAUGCUCACUGGUAGCGGGAGAAGCCACCAUCUCCCCAUAGUAGAGGCUGUGGAGAAUGGAGAGAUCGGAGGAUGUUUCGCACUCACUGAAGUGUCACACGGGUCUAAUGCUAAAGGAAUGAGGACCACGGCGACCUACGUGCCUGAGACGCGGCAGUUUGUGAUGCACUCGGCUGAUUUUGAGGCGGCUAAGUGCUGGGUGGGGUCGUUAGGUAAAUGUGCAACACAUGCUAUAAUCUACGCGAUGCUCAUCUCCAAGGGGACGAACCACGGCCUCCACUCGUUCGUCAUACCGAUCCGGGACCCGAAGACUUUGAAGCCGUACCCUGGCGUCAUCGUGGGGGAUAUUGGGGAGAAGAUUGGACUUAAUGGCGUUGAUAAUGGGUUCGUAAUGUUCAACAACUACGCUGUGCCCAAAGCCGCGGCGCUGGACAAGCUCGGCGGCGUCGACGACAACGGCGACUACCGCUCGCCCAUCAGAGACCCUAAGAAGAGGUUCGGCGCCUCCUUGGGGAUAUUGUCAGGUGGUAGAGUUCACAUCACGUCUAUAUCGACCAACUAUUUGGUGAAAGCGAUCGUGAUAGCCAUCAGAUAUUCGGCAGUGAGGAAGCAAUUCGGCCCAGAGAAUGCUGCUGAGGAGAUGCCCGUCUUGGAGUAUCAGCAGCAGCAACUCAAGCUGCUGCCACACCUGGCCACCACCUACGCCAUGAAGUUGUUCUCCGUGUGGCUUGGCGAGCUGCACGUCACCAUCACAAUCAACAACAUGAUGGGAGUGGAGGACCCCUCGGCAGCGGCGCGCGGCAUGGAGCUGCACGCGCUGUCGUCGGGCGCCAAGCCGCUGCUGGGCUGGGCGGCGCGCGACGCCAUACAGAACUGCCGCGAGGCCUGCGGCGGACACGGCUACCUCAAAGCGGCAUGCCUCGGCGAUCUACGUAACGACAACGACGCGAACUGCACGUACGAGGGGGAGAACGGCUUGCUCGUGCAGCAGACGAGCAACUGGCUCCUCGGCGUGUGGCCGCGGAGACACGGCGCCGAGCACAUCACGCCGCUCGGCACGCUGAAGUUCCUGCAUAAUGCCGAUCAGCUGUUGAAGGAGAGGUGCCCGUGGAACACUGUUGGGGAUAUGAUUGAGCCGAAAAACCUAAUACAAACGUACAAGUGGCUGACGACGUUCGUGUUGAAGAUGACUUACGAGAAGGUGUCAAAGUUGAAGAGCGCGGGCAAGAACAAUCUAGAGGCGAGGAACGAAUCGCAGUCGUACAACGCGAUCACUCUCUCGCUAGUAUACGCUGAGAACUACAUUCUGAAUCACUUCUACGAAACGUCCGCGAAGUUUGAAGACGCCGCGUGUCGGAACAUACUGCUGAAACUGGUGUCGUUGUACGGAGCGUUCCUGUUGGAGAAGCACUUGGCUACACUGUACAUAGGUGGAUAUUUCUCCGGGGAGCAGGGUCUCUUGCUCCGCGACGGCAUCGUGCAGCUCUGCGCCGACAUCGCGCCGCACGCGGUGUCGCUCGUCGACUCGAUAGCUCCUCCGGACUUCUGCAUCAAGUCCGUGCUGGGCAGGUCUGAUGGAGAGGCGUACAAACACAUCCAGAACAACAUAAUGUCGUACCCGGAGAGCAUGUCGCGGCCAUCCUGGUGGAGGGACGUCGUCCACUGGCGCUCCUACGUACCCGCUAAACUAUAAACACGUGAUAAUUAACGAACACGAUCAAAAUACAAUAAAUAAUAAGGUAUAAUUAGUAAAUACAGUAGAUACCGGCUAUACCGACUAACCACCAUUGAGUAAAACGAUCCCGAUUGCUUUUUGGAUAGCGAAAAUGGACCAAUCAGAACAUAGUUUUUUGACAUUCUGACAAAUCAGUUAUUUUGAUUGGUUCAUUUUCGGAAUCGGAUUGAUGGUUGAGAUUGGGAACGUUUAUUGAACACGGCUGUAAAUGGUGAGGUUCCGUCUGAAGCUCUAACCACCUGUGUAAACACGCCACAGCAUUAGCGUUUUAAAGUAAAACGUGUGAACUCAAAUAUAAUAAUGAACUGUCAAGCAACCAAUUUAGGUUGCAAAUCGUAUGCAACUUCACGUCAUAGUAUUUUCCGCCAUGUUGAUUUUGACAUUGCAUUUUUUUACAAAAUACUCUCAAUCUAUUUGGCCGGUUUCUUCACACUCUAUACCGCCUGUCAUCCUUUUUAUUUGACAAUAAUUAAAAUAAUUAAUUAUUAAAAUUGUACCUCACUUCUAAAUAUCCUAAGAUUGGCCAAAAAGAUUUCAAAUACUGUAUCUAUGUAGUUAUUUUUAAUUUAAGGCUAUUUACUAUUUACAAAUGUUAUUCGGGUAUGACCUGCAUAUACUUAAUCAAUUUAACUCCUCCCCGUAUCAUUUAAAAGAUAAUAAAAUAAUUAGGAUAGAAUACAACAAGUUUACCCAUCAUACGAAUUUUAAAUUAAAAUAUUUCAGACAAUUUUAUGACGUAUUUUUUAUAUGUUAAAUGUGAUUAUAAGCCUUUUUUGAUACGCAUUCGAGAAGGAACCUAAAUGAUAUUUAAUCGUCUGUAUAUUGUGGAGAGGGUAUAUCGUAAGUGCAAUAAGGUUUAUUUUUAUAGAGGUGAUUGUGAUUUUAUAUUUUUGAUAUAUUGUUAUAUUUUAUACAGAUUUUUAAUAAAAUGUUUUUAUAUA